UGUUUGCUCGCUCGCUCGCUCGCUCCUUUGUGAAGUCUUCGUCAGCGUCGUGACCUUCGGCGACACGGCGAUGGUGGGGGGUCUUCGUCGUUUGAGUCCAAGGAGCAGGAAUUAUUGCGUGCGGAGGAGGAGCAGUUAACGCUUGCUCUGCGACACCGAUUGUGUUUUUCUAAAGGAUAUUGAACAAGACGCAUGAGUUUUUGGGAGGGGGUUUCAACGUCUGAGGGGGAUUGCUUCUAGGGUUUGGAAGUCGUAGCAGGGGACAAUGUAUCAUCCUUCACGAGGCGGUGUUCGUGGUGGGAGAGACCAGUUUAAUUGGGAUGAUGUCAAGGCCGACAAGCACCGCGAGAAUUACCUUGGUCACAGCCUCAAGGCUCCUGUUGGGCGAUGGCAGAAGGGUAAAGAUCUUAUGUGGUAUGCACGGGACGGAAAGCAAACCGCUGAUGAGGCAGCUGCAUCAGCGCGAGAGGAAAUUGAACGAAUCAAGCAAGAAGAAGAAGAAGCGAUGCGGGUAGCGUUAGGUUUGGCCCCUAGACGGGAUAACAAGCCUAGAGGAAAUAGACUCGAUAAGCGGGAACAAGAGGAGCUGUUGAAAAGGAGUAAAGCCGGUGAAGAGGUUGAAAAGCCCUACGCUCAAGGCGAAAGAGUUCAAGGCCUUGGAUUUGCACCAGUUACUAAGGCGGAAGCGCCUGAUCCGAAGCUUCUUCUUCAACGGCAGAUAGUCCCAGAAGAAGAGGGUCCUUCGGCUCCGGCAGUUUCUUAUCCUCACAGGCAGGAGGAGGAUAAAGUGGAACAGGAGCCUCUAUCUAAUGCUGUGAAGGAAGAUUCGCAACAAUUGUCAGAUGAAAUUAAAAUGAAACGAAGGAGGAAGGAAGAAAAGAGAGCUGCCAAGGAGCAGCGACGAGAAGAGAAAAGAGCUGCGAAGAAGAUGCGACGUGAGAAAAGGAGACGACAUGCUUCAACCAGCAGCGACGAAAAGGUGAUAGAUGUAGAGGGUUCACGAACCAAGUCCAAACGUCAUGUGAGUGAUAGUAGUGAUGAAGAGCACACUUUAAGCAGGAAAGACGCAAGAGUGGAAGGUCGAGAAAAUCAAAGAAAUAGGAGAGGACCUACGAGAGUCAGCGGUGAUGAUGCAAGUCCACGGGGCGUUAAAAGGACCCAUGACGGUCUAAGAAGUGACGAGAGUGAUGAAGGUGUACAAGAGAGGCCCUCAGGAACUAAGGACAUACCUGGACGGAAGGGUGAAAAUAGCAGGGUAAGUUUAGUUAGGGAUACUAGGGAUGUCUACGAUGGUUACAAGGCCGAGAAAGGACGAAGACCUUCGGUAGCAAUCGACCGUGGUGUGGAAGAGAAUAUUAGGAGUAAAAGAGAGAAUGAAGGUACUAGGGAUGGUGAGUACGUUAAAGGUUGGAUGUCCACCUCUUAUCAUUCUGAGCGAGAUCGUAAAUAUGGUAGGGGUUAUAAUAAUAGCCCAAGACAACGUUACAAUUAUGAUGAUAGGGAGGAAAGGGGAGAAAGUCCAAAAAUUGAUAAGUAUAGUGAGGCUCACACUAGAGCGCCGGGCAGCCCAAGACUGGGACGUAAUCCACAUAGUGAUGAUGACACUAAGAGGAGGCAGGCAGGAGGUAAUGAAACCAGGAGACACCAGCCACGGGAUGAGACGAGUAGAAGAGGAGAUGGGCACUACAGUAGGGGCAAUGGGAGGUACCGCAGGCGAUCUCCAUCUUAAGUUUGUAGAGAAUCAUGAUACGACUCCGAUUUAUAAAGACCAGAUACCAGAGAAUGUAUUUAAAAACUGAUUCAUCUCGCCAGUCAUGGUUGUUCGGUAAAUCUGGCCUGGCAAUUAGAUAACAUAUGAAAGGUACACUCAAUGUCA